AUAGUGAAAGUAAAAAAAAAAAAAAAAAAAAGGGGGCGUUGAAUAUCGGAGAGAAAGAGAGGUAUCCGCGAAUAUCGGUAGAAGGAAAGGCUGCGAGACAGUAAAGUGAUGUGUUCGAUGAACGAGGCGCGUCUCGCGGGCGGAGGUUGGGGUAAAACGGACGCGUGUCGCGCGCGGUGCGAUUGCUUGGAAUCGGUGAGAACAGGCAGGCAGUCGGUGAUCAGGCUGGCGGGCGCCGGGGAAACGUUUCAAAGGGCAUGGCGACCACGCCACUAGGCGGUCGCCUCCCUAACGUAAACCGCAAAGGACCAUCUCCGUUCGUCGGUGGUGGUAACGGCGCUAAUUACGGCAACGGUAAUAAUAACAGCGCCAGCGGUGGCCAUAGCGGCCAUAACAACAACAACAACCACGCCAAUAAGAAUAACAAUCACAACAACAACAACAACAACAACGCUGGCCAUCGCAACAACAACAGCGUUGGCGAAAGCAACAACAACCGCGUCGACGGUCACGGUAAAGUCAGCGGUGCGAUCGAGACCGGCAACGAUAACAGUAUCGAUCUUGCCGGUGGUAGUAGGGGAAGAUACGGCGGCGGCGGAAAUAACAACCAUAACAACAACAACAACAACGGUACCAGCAGCGGGAGACACAACGGUGGACAAGUCGGCAAUAACGACGGAGGAGGGGGAGGAGGAGGAGGUGGUGAGGGUCAAACGUCGAAGAGACAGGAACAACGUGGCUCGAUAGGUAGAGAACAUCGGGACCAUCGGCAUCAUCACCAUCACCAUCAUCAUCAUCACCAUCAUCACCACCAUCAUCAUCAUCAAGGUCGGGACAGGUCCUCGUCGUCGUCGUCGUCGUCGUCGUCAUCGGGACAGCAGCGUGACGCUAAAGCAAGCACGGUGGCUGCAAACACCGAUGAGCUGGAUCCGGCCGCGACGAAUGCGACCAACAACUUCGAGUACGACGACAACGAAUGGGAUAUUGGAAUCGGAGAUCUAAUAAUCGAUCUUGAUGCGGACAUUGAGAAGACGAGGGACGAGAAAUUGAGCACAGGGACGACAGGCAUGGCUUCUACGCCUGCCUCGGCAGCAUCAGCUUCGAAUACCACGAAUCAUCACCACCACCACCAUCAUCAUCAUCAUCAGCUUCAAAAUUCCACGAACGGCUUAAGCGCGUCCGGCUUGUCUUCGUCCGUCGCGUCAUCGGGUCCGAACGGUUGCGGUCAAUCAUCGAACUCGCCGUCGUCGUCGUCGUCGUCGUCGUCUUCGUCGUCCUCCUCUUCGUCGGCGUCGUCCUCGUCGUCGUCGUUGUCAUCGUCAUCGUCUUCCUCGUUGCCGACGUCCGUGUCGUCUUCCUGCGGUCUGAAUUCCUCCGGACGGUCCAACAGUCCCAAUAACGGGAACGGAAACGUCGUAAGUAACGUCGUCGGCAGUAGCAGCAGCAGCAGCAGCAACGGUACCACCGGGAACGGGAACGUCGGUUCCGCGCAGAUCGUUCCCGGCACGACGGGUGGUAGCAAACAGAUAAACGCCGUGACGAGCGGCGUGAACGCCGCCCACGGAAAUCCAGGUAAUCCCGGCAAGAUGGCCGUUGAACAUUCGGCCACCGUCGACAAAGGCCUGAAAAUGAAGAUCAAACGCACGAAACCGGGCACCAAGAGUAGCGAGGCCAAACACGAGAUCGUGAAAUCGAACGAGAUCAACGGGACCACGGUGUCGAAUCAGGAGCCCGGUAGCGGGGUCGGCGGUGGUUCGGUAACGUCCUCGGCCGGUUCCGUUUCGUCCGUUACAGGGGGCUCGGGUGGUGGUGGUUCCUCGUCGACCGGCUCGGCUAUCGGGCCGAACGCUCAGAACUCGGAAUGCGCCGCUGGACUCGGUGGCAGUAGUGGUGCCGGUGGUGGUGUUGGUGGUGGUGUCGGUGUCGGUGGUAGUGGCGGCGGCGGCAGUGGCAGCGGCGGUGUCAGCGGCGUCGGCGGCGGCGGUGGGGGCUGCGUUACCGGUGGCGGUGGCAAUGGUUCCACCGGUUGCGGUACCGUAUGUACACCUGGUGGUGGGACUGGCGGUGUUGUCGGUGGUCCCGGCGCCGGUGUCGGCGUCGCUGGUGGUGUUGGCGGUGCCGGUGGUGGUAGCGGGCCAGGUGGACAGUCCUCGUCUUCUACGUCGUCAUCGUCGUCUUCGUCGUCGAACAAAUCGAAGCCUAGCCAUUCGGCAGGGACCGCCGGCGGGACCGGAAGCACGAACUCUUCGAACGCCGGAUCUAAAAGGGGGUCGAGUGGACAUCGGCGGGACAAGACGCGGGACAAGCACGAGAAACCGCAGAGCAAUCAUGCAUCGGGGCAGCAGAAUAAACCGGAGAUGAAUGGUAGCGCUAGGCCAAGCGGUACCGGUGGAGGUGGUGGCGGUGGUGUCGCUGGGAACGGGCAGAGUCAAACGUCGAGCGGCGGACCGGGAACGGGGCCUGGACCGGGGCCUGGCUCGGGUUUCGGGGCCGGUACCGGGUCGGCGGGGGCGGUCGCGCAAUCACAGGGACCGCCCGCGGCCGCGACCGCUCCCCAACAGAAUCAGGGACCGCCGCCGAGCUCACGGACCGGGUUCUCCGUUUCCCAGGGGCCUAGCCCGCCGUCCAAUUCCGCCGCGGCCCCCUGUCCGCCCCCGAGCCCGGCAAGCGCUACCGCCGCUGGCCCAGCCGCCAAGCCCGAGCAAACGAAACUCGCCGCGGUACCCGGUAACGGAACUUCGAUCGCCACGACGCCCGACGACGCCAUGGAUACCGCGGCGAGUCCUCCGCCUGCCAAGAAACUGAAGACUUCCGCUUCCGAACCAAAGGACAUGUCCGACGUGUGCGUCGGGACCAGCGUGGGGACCAUUACCGAGCCAGAAUGUUUAGGACCCUGCGAGCCCGGAACGUCGGUUACUCUCGAGGGUAUCGUCUGGCACGAAACCGAAGGAGGUGUGCUGGUGGUGAACGUAACAUGGCGUGGAAAAACGUACGUGGGGACGUUGUUGGAUUGCACGCGUCACGAUUGGGCGCCGCCGAGAUUCUGCGACUCCCCGACCAGCGAUCUCGAUGCACGGACGCCGAAAGGGCGCGGAAAGCGUGGACGGGCCGCGGCAAACGCGACUCCAGGCAACGAUUUGAGUAAUUUCACGGAGACGAGGAGUUCGGUGCACAGCAAGCUACGUAAUGGCGGCGCGAAAGGCCGUCGUGGGGCACAAGGUUCGCCGGCUGCGAGUCCGAGUCCAGCGGCUUUCGUUCCACCGCGACCGGAUCCCGCGGCAAAGCGAAAGUCCCGGGGACCGGAGGAGGAGGACAAGAACAAAAGACGAGCCCCGCCGCCGACACCCCCGAGCGGAUCGCCUCCGGCGAGCCCGGUGUUGCUAGAGUGCCCGGAACCGAAUUGCAAUAAAAAGUACAAACACAUCAACGGUUUAAAGUAUCACCAGAGCCACGCGCACGGCUCGGCGGAUGACGACGACACGAAAGAAGGCAUCACGAGCAUGUCAGAGAACGACGAGAGCAAUAUCGAAGCUCCUAGCCCAGCGACGCCGGUGAAAUCCCCAGUUGACAAGCCCGAGGGCACGCCGCUCAGGCCAGUCAGUCCCCCAGCGACCAGCCUACCGCCGGAAACGCCUCCUCCACCACCCCGAGUCGCCUCGCCAAGUAUAGAACCGACCGCCCCUGUGCUCGGCUCAGACAAGAGCAUCGUGAAACCAGGCGUGCUCAGGUUCGGCCAGGACGACCUUCCCGCGCCACCGUCGACGAUUCCAACCUCGACCAGGCAGCAGUCUGUACAGCAACAGCAGCAGCAACAAGCGCAACCGAAUCAGUCGUCUUUAGGCGGUUCGAACUCACCGCAAAGCCCGAGUCCCCGAGCCAGCCAAUCGCCCAGACCUAUACCGUCGCCGCAUCCGAGCGCGAACAACAUGCCUCCGCAGUUGAAUAUACCGCAACCGCCGCAGCCGUCCCAGAUGUCGCAACACCAACAACAAAAUUCGCUUCUGCAGCAGACCCAGCAAUCGUUGCAAACCAGCCAGUCGGCGAUCUCGCAACAGCACCAAUCCAGCCAGCAAUCGCAGCAGCUGCAGUCGGCCGUUGUUCAGCAACAACAGCAACAAUUGUCGUCAGCGCAUCAACUCUCUGUACAGCACUCGUUGUCGGCGCAGCUUGGACAACCGACGCAAGCACACGUGGUACAGGCCGGGUUACAGCAGCAGCAGCAGCAACAACAGCCGACUGGUUUGCAGAGUAUCGCGAGUCAACAUCCGGGUCUUCAGGGUCUCGCCACUCAGGUGUCGCAACAGACGGCCGUGCCCCCGCAAACCGUUCAUCCCGGUCAGGCUGUACAGUCGCAUUUGCAACCGUAUCAGAGCGUGUCGUUGCACGCGAAAAUGCCACAGUUCAAGGUUAAACCGACCGCGGCUCUGAUGCCCGAGCAAGACAAGAGUAAAGAUCUACGCGCUGCCAAGCCGCCGAGUUACAAGAAGAAAUCGAGGAAGUCGCCCGGUGGCAGUCCCCAUCCGUCGCCGUUGGAAGCGCCGAUCGUCGAUUCCGCCCGGGAGGACGUCCAAAGCCCGGCCUAUUCGGACAUAUCCGACGACGCAGCGCCAGUUCUCGAGGCGGAACCGGCCGACAAGUCGAAGCAGUCGCAGGAGAAGGACGGCAAGCCAACCGCAGCCACUCAUCUACCGGCGCACUUCAGCAUGUACCCGUAUUACGGGCAACCACCCUAUUUGGUACCGAGCGUUCAAGAGAGUAAACCGGUGAUCGAUCAGAAACCGACCGAUCUCGUUCCAAAACAAGAAAUGAAACCGCUGAAUAUUCCGCAGAUGCCCACGAUGGCCAGUCUGCAGAGCGUGGUGGCCGAGAAGGAGAAGAAGGAGCUGAGCCAGUCUGUUCCGCAGCCGCAGCAACAGCCCCACUACUACGGCGGUUACGGCGGUUACAUGCCACCCGGCUACCCGUAUCAACCGCCACAAACGGUGUCCCAGCAGCAGCAGCAGCAACAGCAGCAGCAGCAACAACAGCAGCAGCAACAACAACAGGCGCAGGAACAGGAGAUGCACGAGCAAAAGGCGAAAAUCAAACAGGAGCCGCAACCUCAGCAGCCCAGCCUGAAGGACAAACAGCACGAGAAUCAUCAGAUACUGAAGGAGAGCAUCGAGAUGAAGAGUCAGAUGAGCCCGUAUCACGUUUACCACGGUUCCCAGAGUCAAAGGCCGGGACCGCCUCCCCCUCCGCCUGGCCCGAUGCAAGACGACAGGAGGUAUUACCUGUAUCCGGGCGAUCAGAGGCGAAAGGAGGAGUCGAGCAAGCAGAGCCAACAGGCGAAACCGCCGCCCCCGAGCCCGAAACAUCAGCCGAAACAGGAGAAACCGCAAGAUUUAGGAAAGAACGAGGACUCGAAGAGCAAACAGGAGGGCGUGAAACCGACGAUGGAGACGCAAGGACCGCCGCCGCCGACGUCGCAGUACGCCUAUAUUCAUCCGAGUUACAUGCAGCCCCAGCAUUACGGCGCGUUACCGUUCGAUCCCGGGCAUCCUGUCUAUCGAGGGCUCAGUCCUAUGUUGGUCUCGGGACCUUAUUCCGGUAACCCGUACCUCCAUCAGCUGCCGAGGUAUCACGCGCCGGAGGACCUUAGCCGACCGCCCGGUGGCAAAGCGUUGGAUCUGCUGCAGCACCAUGCCAAUCAGUAUUACUCGGCGCACAAGAUACACGAGCUACAGGAGCGUGCGCUGAAAUCCCCGACCCCGAAGACAUCGGCGGCCUCUGCGAGUCCGUCGUCCGCGGGACCAACGCCCUCGAGACCGCCGAGCGGACCGCCAAGCUCGGUGGCAGGCCAAGCGGGUGGCGCUGGUCCUGGACCGCCGCAAGCCCCCGGACAGCAAUCAGGUGGGAAGCAACAAGGUCAACCGGGUGGUCAGCAAUCGCAGCAACAGCCGCCCGUCGACGGUGGGAACGGAUCCUUGCCGAAAGACAAUCGAUCGCCCCCGCCCCAACGGCACGUGCACACGCAUCAUCACACGCACGUGGGCUUAGGCUAUCCCCUAUUGACCGGACAAUAUCCUGCCCCUUACGGAGGUAAGCCUCUCGUCAGACCCUGACAGUAAGCGUCUCGAUACGCGACAACAAAUCUCGAUAUUAGAUAGUAUCGUCGACGUUCUCGCGGAUCGAUUCCCCGUACAUUGAUCGCUCAUUGGGGCCCCCCCCCCCAUCUCGCACGUUCUCCCCGGCCAGCCCAUCGAGAAGAGUCCUCGUUACCCACUUCCGGUGGACCAUGGUCGAGCGAGGACAUUUGUGUACAGAAGCAUUUUAUUCACCCCGGAACCAUUGUGUCGCGUGUCUCCAUGGAUUAGGCUUUCCGGACGAUAUUCCCCGUAGUGAUUUUGCUUCGCCAGCGAUCGAACACGCGCCCGUAUAACCGCGACAAGCCUCGUUUUUGCGUCGUCGAAGCCUGAUCGUCUAAUAAAUUGUACGGUACACCAUAUUGGUGCAUGCGACUGCUGUGCGAUAUUUCUUGUUUCCACGAUCUCGCAGAGAACACCGGAAACAAGAGUUGCGACCUCUUCACACAACCCCACCGUUUUCCAUGGAAGACGUCUCGAUUCCUGGCUACCGGCCACCCGUUUUUCUUUUCAUUUCUGUCGCUCUAUUUUGUUCGAUAGGAGAGAAAAACACGUAAAUUCGGACGCGUACACGCGACCAGUAGACGUCUAAUGACACAAAAACGACGACAUUCGACGUGUCUUCGAUUAACGGAUAUAGGACAAACGUAUGUGUAUAUAAAAUCGCCUAGGCGUUUCACGACAACGGCGAGCGCCCGAUACUGCGUCAGCUACGCCGGCAAUGUACAAGCGGCAUUUUUUCUUUUUUUUUUUUUUCUUUUUUUUUUUUUUAAUAAACGGUACAUUCAGAAGCGAAUAAUAGGUAUAUAAUAUAUACGUGUGUAAAUACGCGUUUAUAAACGACUCGUCGAUCGACUACGAACUGGUUAUUUUGAACAUAAAAAUAGUAGGGAAACAUAGUACCCAGCGCGGUGAAGCACCGUGGGUAAAGCGCGAAUCACGCGCCACGUCUGCCCGCGGGGACAACAAGUUAGUAGAAAACGCGUAAUUAGAGUUUAUAGUUCAGACUGUGAUAAAUGCUAUAAAUCGUCGGGCUCGUUAUCCGAGCCGUGAUGGCGAUCAGAGAACGGUUCGACACGUAAUGAAUUCUUACGCGUUGCGCAUCGAUAGGGAACAACAGGGGUUAUAGGAUAGUGGUGAAGAUAAUAUAGCCUUACAAGACGAUGAUAUACAGCUUUCCCGAGCGACGAACACAUUUGGGUAGUCUUCCACCGAGAAGGGCUCUUUUGCUCGAGGGACAGAGAGAGAGAGAGAGAGAGAGAGAGAGAGAGAGAGAGAGAGAGAGAAAGUGAGAGGAUCCACGUGCUCUCGCGAAUGUUCACCGAAAAAAAAAAGAAAAAAAAACUAAUCGCCGUCGCAUUUCUCGAACACAGCCACAGACGCAUCUACAACAUGGAUGCGAACACCAUUCGGCGAGCUCUGACGAUUCCACGACUCUACCUAUCCUCCUCCCCCUGGUACCAUUCAUCGCGUCCCAUCGCCUGUUCGCGCUACACGAUCGCCGUUCUCCUGUUCUCCAACCCCCUUGUCUUCGGUAUCCUUUCCAUUCCGCAGCUUCCAUUCACGGCCGGAAUUUUGCUCACGCGAGAGACACCACCCCACCUCGAUUCCUUGGGGCGAUACUUGGGCUGGAGUGACGCCGAAUCGCCGAGAGCGUUUCAAUCGAGAACACCGCUCGGAAAACAUUCAAAACGGAAGAAACAAAGAAAAAAAAAACAAAACAAAAACAAAACACUAGGCUCGCGUUCCGGAGAGAAAGAUUUCUUCGUUAAACAUGUUCCGAGGACGAAAACCAUAACGAAGCACCGGAAUCAAGAGACCGAUCCGAUCCGUAACGAUCACGACGUGCGUAUGUGUGUGUGUGAACCACAAUUUGAAUAUAUUUAUAAUCGAUUCGAAUUUCGAAUUCCCGUUCAAAAGACUCUCGGAAAACACGGAACCUCGGGGCGGAUCCCCCAAAUUACGCGUCUCGCCUUGUCGCCACGCCAUCGCGACGAGGCGACGACACGCGGAAACGCAGAUCGAAAAAAAAAAAAAAAA